AUGGACAGACAGGACACCUUCUACACGGCUCGUCUCCAUCCCACCGCCGACAAAAGCCGCAGAGCGAGCGUAGACACGGUUUCCAGUGCAGCCGACCGUCGCCGCUGGCGAAACCAUGCUCACGUGCUCACACCGGAACCGCAGUAUGUGGAAAGAGAUCCCUUCGAUGAGUUUGCAGUCAAUCUACCACCCGCAACCCCACGGAGAAGCUUAGAUGAAAAGACCGCAGAGGGAAGCCAAGACGGUGGCGUAGAGACCGAGGAAGAGAUAGAAGCCGGCACUGAAAGUCAAGGACCGCGAGACGGUGCCGUCCCGGGCGGAAACGGAGUCGAAGUUAGAGAAGACGACCAAGGAGAAAUAGAGAAGAAAGCAGAUCCCAACGACGAUGCAUACGACACGGCGCCGCAACAACGCCACGCCAAACUCCCCUGGCGCGAGCGCAUCCGUCAUUUCACGUGGACCUGGUUCUGCCUCACAAUGGCCACGGGCGGCAUCGCCAAUGUGCUCUAUGCCAUGCCCUUCCGCUUUCGAGGUCUCUACGCCCUGGGCUGCCUAUUCUUCAUUGGCAACAUGGUUCUCUUCCUCUUCAACGUCGCGAUGAUAUCCUGUCGCUUCUACUUCUACCCGCGCACGUUCCGCGCGUCGUUCUUGCAUCCUACAGAGAGCCUGUUCAUUCCGUCGGCGAUUGUGAGCUUUGGGAUCAUUAUGAUGAAUAUCAGUCAGUAUGGUGUCGGCUCGGUGGGCCAGGGCCGGUGGCUGCAACAUGUAAUGAUUGUGCUGUUUUGGGUGGACUGCGGACUUGCUGUUACCUUCUCUCUUGGUAUCUAUCUGAUCAUGUGGUCAUCCACCACGUUUACGAUCAAUCAGAUGACCCCGAUUUGGAUCUUUCCAGCUUACCCCCUUUUAAUUAUCGGUCCCCAUGCCGGCAGCCUAGCCCCUAAGGUCUCAGACCAGAACACAGCUCUCAGCAUCAUCCUCGGUGGCUACAUCAUCCAGGGCAUCGGGUUCCUCGUUUCGCUCAUGAUCUACGCGGCCUUCAUCUACCGCCUCAUGACGCAGAAACUCCCUAAGGAAUCUCUCCGCCCAGGAAUGUUCAUCUCCGUCGGUCCGUCGGGCUUCACAAUCGCAGGCAUCAUCACAAUGGGCCAGGAGCUGCCCAAAGUCGUGCCGCCCGACUUCAUGGGCGAGGGAAACGGAGAGCUUGCCGGCAAAGUGGGCAUGAUCAUGGCCAACUUCAUGGGUCUUUGGCUCUGGGGCCUUGCGCUGUGGUUCUUCUUCGUCAGCGUGGGCGCACAUUGGAGCUGUGCCAGGAGAGGCAGGAUGGAUUUCGCCAUGACGUGGUAUUCGUUUGUAUUCCCCAACACCGCCCUAACAACUGCUACGUUUGCGAUUGCGAAGGCGCUGGAUGGGAACACGGCAAUUAGGUACGUGGGGUGCACCAUGACGAUUGCGCUGAUCCUGAUGUGGAUAUUCGUCGUGGUCAUGAAUGUCAGGGCCGUGUUUAUCCAUCAGAUUCUCUGGCCGGAGAAACAAGAGGACAGGACUGAGGGUGGAUGGAAGCAGCAGACUGCCGAUGAGCAGAGGAGGCGCGUCGGUGAUGGAGGGGAGAGUGCAGUGGGGAGGAUUGUCAGAACCGUUAGUCGUAGGGGUCUGGAGGUGCCCAGUGGAGCUGCGAAACCUACUCGGACGCAGACAGACAGCGGGCAGAGGAGAAGGCAGUGGAGUUCUAUGAGCAACAGAGAGGGGCGAUGA